AAUACACGCGGCAAUUUUCUUCGAUCGCUCUUUCCCUUCAAAUAGCUGCGGAACCCCAAAACCUCGCUUGCAAUUUCUCGGAGAAUGGAAAAUACUAAUGACGAGGAGUCGACGACGACGACGAAUCCGUUGCCGCCGUUUCUGAGGAAGCUGUACGCGAUGGUGGACGACCCGGCGACCGACUCGGUGGUGUCGUGGAGCGAUGGCAACAACAGCUUCGUGGUCUGGAACGCGCACGAGUUCGCCGCCACGCUUCUGCCAAAGCACUUCAAGCACAAGAACUUGUCCAGCUUCAUCAGGCAGUUGAACACUUACGGUUUUAAGAAGGUUGACUCGGACCGUUAUGAAUUUGCAAAUGUGAAGUUUCUAAGAGGUCAAACACACCUUUUGAAGAGUAUCAGUAGGAGGAAACCAGUUCAUGUACCUGGUCAUCAACCACCACCUAAAGUGCAGAGCUCCUUGGUCGGGGCAUGCGUUGAGGUAGGGAAGUUUGGGCUCGAGCAAGAGGUUGAAAGACUUGAAAGGGACAAGAAUGUUCUCAUGCAGGAACUUGUUAGGUUGCGACAGCACCAGCAAGCAACUGAUCACCAGAUGCAGAAUGUGGGGCAACGUGUACAGGUAAUGGAGCAGAGGCAGCAACAAAUGAUGUCUUUCCUUGCGAAGGCUAUGCAGAGUCCUGGCCUGCUUGCCCAGUUUGUACAGCACCAGAAUGAAAACAAUAGGAACAUUACUGGAGCAAAUAAAAAAAGGAGACUCCCCAGGCAGGAAGAUGGUGCAGCUGGUGAGUGUUGCACUAAUGCUUCGGAUGGACGGAUCAUUAAGUACCAGCCUUCAAUGAAUGAGGCAGCUAAAGCAUUGUUGCGGCAGAUCUUGAAAAUGAAUGCAACUCCUAGGAUGGAUCCGUUGAUGAACAACCCUGAUGCAUUCCUGAUUGGUGAUGCUCCUUCUACCAAUGCAUUCAACAGCGAAAGUUCCUCGAGUCGAGUUUCCGGAGUGACCCUUUCCGAGGUCCCACUUAUUUCUGGGCAGUCAUAUAUGCCUGCAGAGUCGCAAUUUUCUGUCAGCUGUCCGUCUACUGCCAUUUCUGAGAUUCAAUCUUCCUCAUAUCUGGUGCCUGAUCACACUGAAGCAGCUCAGUUUCUAAAAGUGAAUAAGCAUAAUUCUCAAGAAGAGACUAUAUUGCCUGACUUCACUGAAAUGCAAGGAAUCAUAGCAGAAGACAGCGCAGAAUUCUCUGAAAUGAACCUUGUGGGGUCUGAGACUGGGAACCCAAGUUAUGUGGAUCAGAUGUCUGCGGUUUUGGAUGAGACAAGGCCCAUAGAAAGUGAUGCUUUCUCUCCAGAAAGUGAUGUGGAAGCCUGGCUUGAUGACAUCCCUGUACUUCCUGGCAUUAAUGAUAUUUUUUGGGAACAAUUCCUUACGGCAAGCCCGCUAACGGGGGACACAGAUGAAAUUCAUUCGAGUUCACUAGAUGGAGUUACUGAGGAUCAUGAGUUACAGAUAGGAAAGAAGAAUGGUUGGGACAAGAUUCCUCAAAUGGAUCAUCUUACCGAACAGAUGGGGCUUCUUGCAUCGGAGAGCAGAAUGGGGUGACCUUCUUACCAAUUGUAUAUGGAUGUUUCUUGGCAUCAGAAGGUUGAUGUCCUGUGCUGUUGGGCAGACAAAGCUUUUCUUCAAAGACGGAUGAUCAGUUAUGAAUUUAGUUUAAGAAACUUGUUUCAGAUAUGAUAUCAAGUUUAAUAAACUUUAUACGUACUCUUACAUCUGUAUUUCAUAAGUCUCUGUGCAUGGUUACCCGAAGACACUUUCUGGACAUAAUACAGUUGAAGUUGAAGUUGAAGUUUAGAUAACCAUUUCCCGUCGAAAUCACAGGUACUGGUGUAUUACCUGUAAUAUGACAAAUGGGUUCUAUCGUCGAUCCUUUUUCGUAUGCAUCAUUUUUGCCAUCUGGAGACCGGGAAAAAAAAAUUCAGGUGACAAGGAGUUGUACCUCUGUUUGCCUUUGAAGGAUGAACUUUUACACUGGGGUUCCACCGAUACGCAUUGUGGGGGGUUUUUUUUUUUUUUUUUUUGACUGUCGUGGCAAGGAAAUUUCACUAGGAUGGUAAGAAUCUGCAUAGAUCUUACUUCCAUGGAAGUAUAUCAAAAUGCUUGUUGAUUGAAGCAUAACAUCACAAGUACCGUAUAUGCCGAGAGUUUUUGUUCCAGUCUUGAGAUCAAGGAAAGAGGACAUGAAAAGCAA